GGUAAACGAGCCGCGCUGUCAGUGUUGAUAGUAAUAGCGUUGGUGUUUCAUGAAAAAGAAUGUGUUAUUAAACGAUCCAUUUUUAUUUUCUGUUCUUUUCCACUCGUUCGCGUUUCCUGUUCGCCAGCAAGAAGUUUUCUUUGUCACUAUUGGCAUUUGUGGCGAAAACAGUCGUAUUUUUUCCAUUCGUCUCGCUUUCGAUCCAUUCGAUAUUCGAACCUGCGCUGAUUGGCCUUCGAGGUGCCAAUCGAGAGAAAGUGAACGAAAAUGCAUAAGACGAGAGAAAAAUUCGAGAUGGAUUAUUCGUUGUUCAAGACGGAUGUCUCUAAACGUAGAAGAUCGGCCACUACCAGGGAAUUGACCAAAAUAGCGUAUUCAGCGCCGAAGAACGUGGUCUCGUUAGCGGAGGGUAUGCCGAACGAAGAAACCUUCCCUUUCGCAGAGAUCUCCGUCAAACUCAAAGAUGGAUCGUCUUUCACCCUUGACGACCGAGAAUUGGCUUCGGCUUUGCAGUACAUUCCUACUCAGGGCUACCCGCCGCUUCUUCAGAGCCUGAGGGAGUUCCAGAGAAGGACGCACGCACCACCCUUGUGGGAGAGCCGUGACAUCGUGAUCGUCUCUGGAUCUCAGGACGGAUUAAGCAAAACUCUCGAGGCCAUACUCGGCCCCGGCGAUCCUCUCCUGGUGCACGAUCCUUUUUAUCCGGGCGUGGAAGUUGUGGUCUCGCCGCAUAAGGUGGAGCUGAUCCCGAUCCCUCAGGAUGAGCAUGGUGUGGUUCCAGAGAUUCUCAGGGAAACGUUGAGGAACAGGGAGCUGUCUGGCAAGAAAAUGCCAAAAAUAAUGUACAUAAACGCCACCGGAUCGAAUCCCACAGGCGUUAUUAUCCCGUUGGAAAGGCGGAAGGAGAUUUACAGGAUAGCCUGCGAAUACAACUUCCUGAUCCUGGAUGACGAUCCUUAUCAUUUCAUGCACUUCAACGAGGUGGAACCAAAAUCGUUCUUAUCGUUGGACACGGAAGGCAGAGUGAUUAGAUUGGACUCGUUCUCGAAAGUGAUCAGCAGUGGUCUGAGAUUGGGAUUCAUCACAGCAGCGGCUCCACUGAUAGCGAGCAUAGAACUCCACUUGCAGAGCAGUCACCUCCAUGCCCCUACAUUAUCCCAGGUGAUACUGUACAAGCUGAUGAAAUUAUGGGGAUACGACGGAAUGAUGAAACAUUUCACGGGGAUAAAGCGGUUCUAUAAACAACGAAGGGAUAUUAUCGCCAGACUCGCUGAGAAGCAUUUGAGCGGUUUGGUAGAUUUCACGAUACCAAGGGGAGGUUUCUUCCUCUGGAUCAAAGUUCGAGACAUUAAGGAUACAUGGAAGAUGAUUAUGCAGCGAGGAGUCACGGAGGGUGUCAUAAUGGCGCCUGGUGCAGCCUUCAUGAAAGAUUCUAGCAAACCAUGCAACGCUAUUAGAGCGAGUUUUUCCAAAGCUUCUUACGAGGAGAUGAACUUGGCAAUGGAAAGGUUAGCAGAUCUAAUCAGGUCCGAGCUGCGAAAUAACUACUCAAUUAUAAAUGAGAAUCCGUUCAUCAACUAACGCAUACGGGUUUUUUUCGUUUGGUAAAGAACCAACGACGAAGGUUUUCGAACGAAGAUUUGUCUAUAUUUGACAAAACUUAUAUCGACAAAGCAAUGCGCGCUAGAGUAUCGUACGUUGAUAUGGUAGAAAUCAUCGUAUCGCAGAAAAAGAUCUUAUCGACGAAUAGCGACAUAGAGAAAUCUACCUGAUCUAUCCUGCAAAACCUGCUCAAAAAUAUUUGUCAUCUUAUUUGCCAGAGGACCGUAGGAUCAAAUUUUUUCGCGCUUUAAUAUAUAUAAUUUUAUAUAAUUUUAUAAUUUUUAUGCAAUUUUUUGGAAUCAUCCUGUUCAAUUUGAUCAUUUUCCAUUUCAUCGCUCUCGAAAACCAUCGGUAACUUUUUUUUUAACAUAAGUAACGAUUAGUGUAAAUAUCGUGUGUACUUAAUUACCGUGGGAAUUCGUAGACGUAUCGUCAGUACGUGUAUUUAUCGCGAAUCGGCAUAGUAUUGUAUAAGUUUAAAAUAUCUUGUAUAAAAGUAUUGUUAUGCUAUGUAUUAAUGUUAUGUAAAUAAAGCUGAGUCAAUCAA